AUGCACUGGCCAGCAGUGAAAUGUCCAGGCGACCACGCCAGGGCACACAGCCCAGAGCAUCCCAACACAGGGAGCCAGCUCGUCCCAUCCCUAGCAACAGAGGAGACACCAGCUUGCACCACGCCUCAAGCCACAAGGACCACAACCAACAUGAGAGCCGUGUUCCUGGUGCUGCACCUCUGGGCCAUAGUCUGCGCUCACCCUGACACAGCAAGUGAAGAUUACAUCAACAAACUGGGCAACCUGCUGGGUGAUGGAGAUGAGAGACAUCCUCCUCCCAGUGUGGAGAGGGAGGACAAUGCUCUUGCUGGGGACCUAACAGAUGGGAACGCUGUCGGUGAGGAGCUGAGCGAGCAUGGCAGCCGAGACAGGGGAGGCAGAGUUGUGGAGGCUCAACAGCUGAACCGAGUGGACCACCAGGACAUGAGUGCCAGGAACGGGAACAGCCUUGGUUUCCUGGAGGAGGAUGCACGAGAUGCUGAUGAUGGUGACAACAGAGAGCACCACGGCACUGGAAUCGGUGGGCUGCCCUCCCAUGCUGGCGAGCUCCUGGACGAGGAGGAUGACAGUGGAGAUGAUACCUUUGAUGAGAAUGGGAAAGAGAGGGGUGAAGGUCCUACUCAUGGGGCUGGUGCUGACGGGGCAGGUGAACGUGACCACAACGCUGGCCGUGGAGACACUGGGGCUGGUGGAAGGCACGGGGACAGCAGCAGCAGUAGCAGCAGUGAAAGCAUGGGGGCUGAUCACUGGCGGUACAGGAACUACCUCGGCAGCCGGUAUGAGCGGGCCUACGGAUGGGGAGGGGGCAGCAGCAGCAGCCAGGAGGAAGAGGAGGAGAGCUACGACUUUGACGAUGAAGCCAUGCAGGGAGAUGACCCCUCCGUCUUCGAUGGACCAGGCAGCAGCUACAAGGGACGUCGUGCUGGCCCCUAUGCUCCAAGUAACAGCCAAGAGAGCGUCCCGGGGGCUGGCUCCCGACGCUGGGAGGAAGGUGACAGCAAGUCCCCAGAGGUGGAGGAUGCUGACUCGGGAGAAGACAGCCCAUCCAUGGAGGACAACAGUGAGUCAGAAGAGCCUGUCACCAGCCAGUCAGAGGAAAAUAGCCGCUCCAGGGAGGACAGGGAUAGCGAGGACAGCCCCUCCAGGGAGGGCGAGGACAGCAAGUCCAGGGAGAGCACUGCUGAGCAGUCAGACGAAGAGCUGGGGGAGUCCCCAGAGGACAUCUCCCAGGAGGUGGUGAGCACAUCAAACGAGCGCAGCGGGAGCCGUUCCCAGGAAGGGCAGGAGGACCAAGAGCAUGCCGAAAACAGGAGUGUGCUGUCUGUGCCUGACAGUGAGUCUGUGGAAGACGAGGGUGACCAGAGCAAAUCUGGGGGAGAUGAUGAUGACCAGAGCCAGUCCACGGAAGACACUGUGGAGGACUCAAAUGAGGACAAGAGUGACUCCAACCCAGAUGGAGACAUGCUGAGCACAUCAGCCGAGAGCCAGAGUGCAUCCCCAGAGGAUGAUGGCAGCCAAGAGGAUAAUACGGGUGAAGAGAGCAGGUCCACAGAGAGCAUCAACAGCGAGUCCCAGGAGGACGAUGAUGAUGAGGAAAGCCACUCCCAGGAGGAUGCCAGCCGUGAGUCCAGCAGCCGUGGGGAUGACAGCUCGCUGCAGAGCCUUGAGAGCCAGAGCCACAAACGGCGGCCGGGCGCCUAUCGCAACAAACCCGCUGCUGACUACGAUGACAAUGACUGCCAGGACGGCUACUGA